UGUGUGUGUGUGUAUGUGAUGACAGAGAUAGAUGGAAAUUAAUUGAGGCCAUGUCAAGAUGAGACAAGAUCAUUUUCAUGUUUUCAUCGUUUUUUUGUUGAGCGCAUCAUCUCCCACCGAGCAUGUGAAAAUGGACCAAACACCAAAAGAAUUAAGAAAAAAAAAAACUUUGUACAAGCCUCCAGCGGUCGCAGUGCCGGUGCCAUGGCGCGUUUUGGGUGGCUUCUUUCCUAGAAUGUCCGGCAAAUGGUGAUUGGUUCAAGGUUUCUUCCCAUCUCAGUCCAGGGCUUAUUUUAUCUCUCUUAUUAUUAUUUUUCGACAAAAUAAUUGUUGCUGGUAAUUAGUCGUGUGGCCCUGUCGACAACCAUCAGAAACGAUUUCCAUUUCAAUCCCGAGUCCGAAACGCUUCCAGUGCAAUUACAAAGACUGGAAAAAGUCGGUGGUGGUAAACUUGCAGGCCAUUCUCUCCUGUGCUGGGCACUCCAAGGAGCUGUUAUUCGCCUAUUUCUUUUCUUUUUCUUUUUUCUUUUUUCCCCCUUAUCUUUUCUGCACUAAAAACAACCCUUUCACCCCAGAGAUUGCAAGCCUUGUUUGAGUUCCCGUGGAAAUUGAGAAUGGCCACAUGACAUUGAAAAUCUGUUUGUCAUCGAACCCGUUGCCCGCCCGCCCCCACACCGUUGACCAACUCUCCCAGGGAGGAUAGAGCAGGCCCUUUUUGUGGCCGGAUAUUUGCAAAAAAAAAGAGCUGCUGUCACGGGUGCACUUCCUUUUUGCCCUCUGGGUGUCGAGACUUUUUUCCCCCCUCCCCCAAAAAAUCUCUGAGAUCUGAUUUCUUUCACUUAAAUAACCUUUGGUCUUCCCCCACUUCGGCGCGAGUUCCUGGUUGAUCAAAUUGCCUUGACUGAUAUGUGAUUAAUCUUUUCUGUUGUUCCUGGUGAAGGAACGAAAAGCCUGGACACUAGUUCUAGGCAAUUGGAGGUUUGUAUUAGAUUGAGUCCAAAAUAGUUGAUUGUCUUGGUUCACUUAGUUUUGGUAUCUUUUUUUCUUUUCCUUUUUCCUUUUUACUAUUUUCUUUUAUUUGUUUAUUUUAGUAUUUCUUUACUGACCUUCGUUUUUAUCAUAUCCUCCCUGUUCAUCUUCCCAAGCUUUCCAAGCUCCUCUAACCUGCCUUAUCAAAUUUAAGCCGCUACAUUUUUGUUUGCCACCAACCCGUUCUGCCCGCUCCCAUCCGUUGAGCCUUCCCCUCCCGAGCGGCGGUAGGCCUGGGCCUAGACCACCCGCACCCGCACCCGCUCGCACCGCCUGAUCCCAGUACCUGGAAACCCGAACCCCCAACCCACACCCACUUUUGGCCAAUCUGGGCCCUCCCCUGUUUGCAGCUGCGCGUUGGCACCGUAACUUUUCCAUCUCGAUUUGUCAAAAAGUUUCCAAAUUCAAAAUAACAAACUUAAGAAGACCAAAAAAAAGAGGAGGGGAAGAGGUUAUCCGUGUUUUGCUAGUGGCGGCGUCAACUUGUUCAUCCCAUAUCCGGCUUGGGUCAAACUUUCCCAUCAUUCCUCCAAAUGGAGGCCGGUCAUGGAGGCGCCGCCGUGGCCAACAGUACCCUCAGUAUCCCAGGCAUACUCCAUGCUGCUGGCGAGAGCAGAGAUGAGUUGCUUGUACUCGCAUCAUUGGCCUCCAAUGUUGCCGACGCUUCGGAUGCGGCCCGGGCUCUGCUGCAGGCUACUUGCAGACUCCAGAGGAGCGUUGACGUUGUUUGCAAUUUGAUGCGCCAACUGCGAGCGAGCAAGAAACGGCUCUCUCCUGGCGUCUCGAAUGGGGCAAUACCAGAUCAAACCCGGAUACGAAUGCUGCAACAGGACCCAACACCCUUGGCCGUCUUGGAAAAACACCUGAUUACAUGCGUCGCCGAUAUCAAGCGGGUCAUCCACGGCUUCCGCUAUUCACUUUCAGUCUAUAAUCAGCCCAAGGACCCGAAGCAAGGAUUGGAAGAUCGACGAGCAGCUCUUGAGGCUUCUUUGAACCAGUUGGCUCAGAGAAUCAUUCUGCGUGAACAGGCUCUCACGCAACACCUGAUUGCACUUGGUUGUUACGUUGAGCACUUGGUAUCACCCAGCUCCACCUCCAGUGGGAACAGUGAGCAUGGUGGUGGAUAUGCCAAUAAUGACGAGACCAAGCCCAAGGCUGGACCUUCAGUUUCCAGAAAUGAAAAUGUGGCAGCUCGUACCGGAGGAAGAUGUCUCAAAGAUGAGACUGCAACCAUCCGUGAUCAAUCACCCUCAACCGUCGAAAGUAUGAUAAACCGGAGCGGUGACAAUAGUGUCCAUACAAAGAGCAGCCUCGAGACCACCGUCAACGGAACCGCUUCCCCUCUUUCAGAUUCAAUCUCGGUAGAUUCGAAUGGCACCGUCAAUGUUUCUGGCCAGAAAAGGAAGGCUUCCCCCGACAAAAAAAAGAGUGCUUCCUUGUCACGUAGGCUGGCCGAACUCAGCCUCAGCAGAUCUGGUGACAGCGCCGAAACCCAAAUAAACAGCGAACAGACUCGGCACGAGUAUUACUAUAGCUGUGAUGCCUUUGGCGGCAUUGACGAUGGAGCUGAUGAACUUGAAGAUGGAUCACUGAGCUGCAGGUUCUGUGGAAUACGAUUCAUACAUGACGAUGAGAUGACGGCGUAUCGCCUGGGUGCCCACCUCGUGCGCGCCCAUUCUUUCGGCCUGUGCAAUCUAAAUUGUACUUUUUCUUCGCAGGAAGCUCUUAUGGAGCAUCUGUACUCGUUUCACAGCUGGUCGAGGAUGUCACAUGAUCGAGAGGUUAUAGAUCACUGGUUCCGAAGACAAAAGGAAGUCGGAGUGCCGCUGGAACGUGGCUGGAGACUGCUCACCUUGGAAGACGGUGAUGCCCAGCCCCUACGUGGUUUAAGAGAGACACGAGAAGAGACAGGACUGUUGCAGCUGCAGGUGCUCAACACCAUUUUGUUGGCGGCAGACCUAAACAUCAGCAUGGUCCCUGAGAAGCCGGAAAUAACACUACCACCACCCACCGAGGGUUCGGUUGCAUUCGAUGCAGGGCAGGUACCAAUGGCGCACCGACUCUGCCAGGCGCUCACAAGCCUGGACAAACUUGCUGUUGCAGAGACGGAUUCUUCGAGAGAGGCAGCGGCACCACAAAGCUCCAAAGUAACGAACGGAUGCAGUGCCAAACGCAGGAAUGGUGUGGGCUUGGAGGACCUGAUGUACCAUGCGGCAUGUGUACAACAGGAGAUGGCCAUCACGAGCGGCGUUGGCGAUGAAGAUAUGCUGCGACACGAGGCGCUCUACACGGCCGAACAGUACAAAUUAGACGACCUGGUUUGCAUGUACUUUCCGCCGAGAGCAUCACCGGCAGCCGAAAGACAUAGAGUCUGGCAUGUGCGUGUCGCAACUGAUGAAGGUGGUGACAGGAAGGCUAAAAUGCGAGCACAGAAGCUACGCAGUAUCGAGGGCUUGGGUAUCAAGCGCAUAGAGUCCAAUCGGCCACUUCGAUCUUUCAGGGACGCAGUGCGCGUGCUCGGUCGCGCGCACAUGGAUCAGUCUGGUGCAACGGGUUACAUCAGUGUCAUGCCUCAGGUGCUGAAAGCAGCGGGGCUGCUUCUUUGGCAGGAAGGCCGUUCGCCGGAAGCACUUCGGCCGGGAACAUACGUUCCUCUUAACGCGGAAAAUCUUAGGGUUCAUACGGAACUGCAACAACGAGAUACACACCCGCUUGCCAAUUCACCAGCCCAGCGAAGGUUCCGCUGGGUUUCGGGCGAGCGGCUGGACUGGUGGUUUCUCGGCAUGGUGGAGAGGUCGGCGUCAUUUCGCCGACUUGUCAAGAGCGGCAGAGCUUUCCCUCCAGGUCCACCGGGUAUACCACUUUCAGAGAUGUCAAGGAGCCGCAAACCCAGUUCCGUCAGAGACUCCCAGGCGACUGAUGCAUCGAAAGCUCGACUGACGCCGUAUGGGUGGGCGGUAAGCCUACUGAGCUCAGCUGGACUUCCUCAAGGGAAGGCAGUUGUCAACGGUGUUCGUAGCGUGGGCGGAGAUGCGAGAAGCAUCGGGAAUGCCAAUGGGGUUGUGGCUGCUAACAGAGGUUCAGCACCGCAACAGGUGAUGGUCGCUGCACUGGCAGCCCACCAGCAGCAACAACGCCGUCAGCAAAACAUGGCAAACAGCCACCCGUCACAGGAGCGUAUGGUCAAGCGGCCGCAGACCCCAGAUAUCAGCAUGGUUGGUGCUGAUUACGGGACGUGCUCUGGCAUGUCAGUGGAAGAAUCCGAGAGUUCAUCACAGUGCAGCCAAAAUCCAGAAUAUAGGAACGGCUCGCAUACACUUCAGCAGACAGUCGAAAACACCAGAUCCAGACCGGAUAUGAUGGUAGGGACGGUGAAAGCACCGGCUAUCGCCGCAGAUACGAUUACAGAAGAGGAGGAUGAGUCCGAGGACGAAGACGAGGAAGACGACGACGACGACGAUGACGACGAUGAUGACCAAGAAGAGACAGGAGACGAUGAGGACGAAAUAACAUCCGACUCAUCUACGACGUCUUCGGAAUCGAGCUCCUAGUUUCUAAAUGCAAUGAUGCUUCUUUGCGGGUAUUCCUGGUGUCCAAAACGGAUGGCUCUAUUUAGCGAGUCUAUUAUUAUAAGCAUUUACGACUGGGUGUCCGCAGCCCAUUAAAAAAAUACGAAAACACACAUGCAAAGAUGUCAGAAGUUUGGCAGCGGCAGGAACCUAAGAAAAAAAAAAGGAGUUUGGGAGGACUUGGAUAUUUGAUGGGGAAAAACAAAAACAAAAAAAGACCCCUGAGCUAUGGGGUUUCAUAAUGAUGGUCAUGUCAUGAAAAAUUUGGAGCAGAGCGAUAAACUUGUACAUAUUCGAGUACAGGUUAGCUAAAUCUGUAAUGGCGUCAUGCCGUUGAUGUUCAACAUAUCUGGAAUUCUGAUCUUGAGAAUACCCUGGUAUCAAAGGUUUCACGAGUGUAGUCAGCAAGACCGCUGGAGCAGCCCUUGGCUUGCAUGUUCCCAUGAUAGAAACAAAAGUACAAGAUGGCG